AUGGUCGCCAACCUAGAUCUGAGGAUCAUAUCUUCGACCAAUCAGAUUUUGCGUCAACAAAUUCGAAUUCAAGCUCGAAACAGAAGCAGUAGCGGGACUUCUCUUCGUUUAUUCACUUCAUCAAUCGUACUAAAAGAAGAGAAUACCACUCGAACACCUCUGAAUAAUGAGACAGUAACUGAAAAUGGUAGCGAAGCAUCUGCCAGUGGUGGAAAGGAAGAAAUCAGUAGAGAUAUGAGCUUGACUGCUGAAUCGUCUCGGUCGGCCAAUUCUUCUUCUUCUUCCUCGAAACUCUCAUCAAGUAUCAAUGAUGCGUUACUGGACCAAAGAGAAGAUAUUCCAGAUGAGGAUCGUGAAUUUGCGCAAAUUUUCGCUACGUUGAAAGAGAAGUGGCCAAAAACCAACCAAAACCAAAACUCAAAUGCAAACCCAGUCAAUCAUCCACCUAAACCCGCAUCUAUAGCCUCACGAUUAACGUUUGAUGCAUAUUCCACACCUUCGCCUCGUCAUCGUGGAGUUCAUGCUAGGACACGGAGACUCGCAGGUCAAACUCCAAAAGAAGCAGAAACGUUUAAUGAGAUAUUAGCUGGUAUAUUCGCGGAUUUAGAUAACUCUUCACAUUCAUCACGUUCAGCUCAAUCCUCCUCGUCCUCCUCUUCUGCCUCAACGUCCGGGUUAGGCGUAGCGGAUCCUUAUGGUGCUACUAAAUCCGGUAGUUCACCUUUUGGCUUCGGUUUCGGUCUCAAUCGAUCACGUCAAGGUACUGGUCGAGGAAGUACGGGUAGAGGAUUAAGAAGGUUUUUCGAAAAAGAUGAAACUGAAGACGAUCAAUCAAUUGAAGAAUUAGAAAUGUUGAAAGAAGAAAUGGAAGUUAUUGCAUCUGAUGUCGAAUUAAUCGAAUGGGCUAAAAACAGAGUCUUCAAACCUCUACCUCAACCAUCAUUCUCAGCAUCAAGUUUAAAUUCGAUCUCAAGCUCGAGCUUGAGCUCAGAAUCGGGAGGAUCAUCUCUUACCAACUCAGCUACAAAGAACACUUCUUCGAUAAGUGACGAAUCGACAAUCCAACCAAUAGUAUUUCCUGCUACAUAUCCCAAAAUCCUAGCUCACUUGUUAAGAACCUUGCGAGUUCACUAUAAUUCACCCCAUCUAGUCAUAUCACUGUUUCAAUACGCACAAACAUCUUCACUCGAAUCGUAUCUUUCGGGAUGUCUCACUUCCGCGUACAAUGAACUGUUACUAGUGCGAUGGGAAUCAUUUAGGGAUUUAGAAGGUGUAGAAUUAGGUAUCAGGGAGAUGGAAAUCAUGGGUGUAAGAUGGGAUUCAACGACUUCAAGAUUAGUUAGUAAAGUGAUUGAAGAAAUUCAAAAAGAUUUCCUACAGUCUCAAUCUCAAUCUCAACAGUCACCAUCACAAUCACCAUAUGGAUCAUCAUCGUAUGCAUUGGGAAACAACCUUGAAAGUGGCGGUGGGCAUGCGCAAGGAGGGUUUAGUAAUCUGAUAGGAAUCACAAAUGUUAAUGGGAAAUGGGGUGAACCAGAAGAUGUACUGGAUAGAUUAAAUAAAUUGGAGAAAAAAGUUCAACGAGAUGUUAAAGCCCAAGAAAAGUAUUUCGAAAAUGUUCAAAAGAGAAAGAAGAGAGCAAGGGAAGAUAGAGAAAGAAGAUUGGAGAAAGAAUUGAAAAAUGGUGAAAAUCCAUUCCACGAUGAUCAUGAAGAAAUCCCACAUGAAAGGGCUUCUAUGUGA